AUGAACCCUCCCAGGCUAACGAAUCCACGCCCAGGACUACCGAUUGUCGGCCAUGCCUUGCAAGUGCUACCGGUGCAUUCAUGGCUCAAGUUCAAGACAUGGACAGAUGAGCUCGGUCCCAUUGUCCGGUUCCGCGUUUUUGGAUGGGAGAAUAUCGUACUGUCCACGGAAAAAGUGGCCAACGAUCUACUACGCGAGCGGGGCUCGCGAUACUCCUGUCGAGAGCAUCCUGCUGCCAUGAUGCCCUUUGUGCUUGUUAUUGUUCUCUCCCUCCAGGAGCAGCAGGCAAUGUGGGAUGAGCUUGAUAAGGUUGUGGGCGACCGGAUGCCGGAGUUUGAGGAUGUACCCAGACUCCCAACGUGUCAGGCAGUUAUCAAGGAAGUUCUCCGGUGGAGGCCUGUUACCAGUGGAGGGCCAUUCACCGAGACCCCGAACUGUACCCGGAUGGCAACACGUUUAACCCAGACCGGUGGCUUAAGGCUUAGUCCCAAGUACCCCAGCUUCCGGGAACCGUUGAGCAAGUAUCCAUCUCUGCAGAACUUCUCCAGCUUCGGCUGUGGUCGGCGGAUUUCCCCGGGGAUGAACAUCGCCGAGCGGUCCCUCUACAUUCUCCCAGGGCGUGUCAUGUGGGCCUGUCGAAUUACCAAAGCGAAGAAUGCUAAUGGCGCGGAUAUCACACCGCCGUCCUAUGAUUAUACCACUGGAUUCAACGCAUAG